AAACUCCUGACUAUACCUCACCAUUUGGCGUCCAUUAACCCCAUCCCACACACUUUCACGCUUCUUCUUUCGCUUUCCUCCUCAUGACUAUGCCAAACAGACAAAGUCUUCUCUAAUCUGCAUUCAAGUCUCUCUCAGACGCUCACUCACUUCUCGCUUCUUCUUUAACUCGAUCUCUUCUUCUUCCUCAUGCUUUCGAGAAAGCAAACACCUCCGGAUUCUCCAUGGAAGGAGAAGGAAGAGAAAUUGCUGCACUACUCCAAAAGCAAAGAACCCAACUUGUUGAUGACCAUCCUCAAUAAUCCCCACCUCAGGUUUGGUGCUUUCGUCUUUGUCUUUCUGUCUGCUUGGCUUCUACUACUCCUCUUUUGGUUCCCUCCUAAAAUCACCAUAACACAAACAACCACACCCAAUGUCGUUGAGGCCCUUCUUGUUCCAGAUCAAGAUACCCAAGAACAACCAAAGUCUAAGUGCGAGGAUCCAAGCGUGUCGGUUUAUGUAUACCCUUUGCCGGCGAAGUUCAACAUUGCACUCCUUGACCGCUGCGAAGCCCUAAACGUCUACACCGACAUGUGUCCUCACGUGGCGAACCACGGACUCGGCCAGCCCAAACCAAAUAUGGGUUUGGCCACAUCGUGGUUCGCCACUCACCAGUUCAUCGGUGAGAUGAUCUUCCACGCGCGCGUGGAGAAUCACCCCUGCCGGACGCACGAACCCUCACGCGCCACCCUCUUCUACGUCCCCUUCUACGGCGGCCUCUACGCUUCCAGCAAGUUCCGCGAGGCCAACUUAACCGCCCGGGACGAGCUCGCCUUGGAAUUGGUGGAGCACAUUCAGUCCCAGCCCACGUGGCAGAAGCACAACGGCAAGGACCACUUCAUCGCCCUGGGGAGGACCGCGUGGGAUUUCAUGAGAACAUCGGACGGCCCAGAUUUCGGCGCCAACGUCCUCCUCAACCUCCCUGCCGUUAAAAACAUGUCGGUGCUGACCGUAGAAAGACAACCUUGGCAAGGCUCAAACCAGUUCGGCAUACCCUACCCUUCCUACUUCCACCCCUCCACCUUGCCGGAGAUGCUGACAUGGCAGACCAAGAUGCGCGGCGCCACCCGGUCUUACCUGUUCUCCUUCAUAGGUGGGCCCAGGAAGGGGCUAGAGAAGGCGGCCGUACGUAACGAGUUCAUAAGGCAAUGCGGCGAGUCGACUCGGUGCUUCCUUAUGAAAUGUGGCGCUAACGGAGCUAGCAAAUGCCACGAGCCGAGCGAGGUCUUGAAGGUGAUGAGUGAGUCUCAGUUUUGCUUACAGGCUCCCGGAGACUCCUACACGCGGCGGUCAACGUUUGACUCUGUCUUGGCCGGGUGCAUUCCGGUGUUCUUUUCACCGCACACGGCGUUCACGCAGUACAAGUGGUUUUUACCGGCGGAGGUGAGCGAGUAUUCCGUUUACAUUGACGAGAAGAGUGAGGCGAGUAAGAGGAUAGAGGAAGAGUUGCUGAAGAUUCCGACGGAGAAGGUUGCGAUGAUGAGGGAGAAGGUUAUUGAGAUGAUUCCUAGCUUGACGUACGCGCAUCCCAAUGCGAGUGGUUUAGGGUUUAAGGACGCAGUUGACGUGUCGCUUGCAUCAUUGGCUAAUCAUGUCAAUAAUUUAGUGAAUUAAUUAAUUUUGGAAGCUGCAUUUUAUACGUGUGUAUAUGAGGAGCCAGCGGUAUGUGGAACGUGAUGGUUUAAAGAAUUAAACCUUACCGACAGUUUGGCCUCUUUUUUUUUUUUUUUUUUUCCUUCUUCUCUUUUCUUAGUGCUUUUAUAAAGAAUGAUAAUGUUCAUUAAUUCUGACCCAUACAUCUUCUUGCAUUGUAUUGUAGUGGGAAAAGCGAGUGUUACUUCUUCUUCUUUUUUUGUACGAGAUUAUAGAUCCUCUUUUUGUCUAAUUCGAAAAGAGUUCUACAAUGUUGUAUGUGAAUUUCUAACAAAGGAAGGCUCC